AGAGUCAUGACGCGCUCCGGUCGCGCGCUGGUUUUACGCACGGAAUGAUUGGGAAUUAUCGAUAAAUGGGGUCCGUGAAAUGGAAAACACAUCAGCGUUUGCUGAUUUUACUCUGGGUUUUAUCGUUUUCAGGGGUUUUGGGCUUCAGUGAGCUGUCGUUCACCGUCCAGCCGCAGGACGUGUCUGCACCCCGAGGCCAGCUCGUGAUGCUGGACUGUCAGGCUCAGGGCGAGUCUCCGAUCGCUGUGCGGUGGAGGACAGACGGGCUCCAGCUCCAGGAGAGCGUCCGCGUGCGAGUCCUGUCCAACGGGUCGCUGUGCAUCUCCAGUGUGAGGAGUUCGGACGAGGGCUUCUACCAGUGCCUCGUGCAGAACACGUACGGAGCCAUCCUGAGCCAAAGAGCCAGCCUUACAGUCUCAGAUGUCUUGCUGUUUGUGAGCCACCCAGUCCCAGUGGAGGUUACGCUGGGCUCGAUGGCCAGAUUCUCCUGCGCUGUCAGCGGAUCCCCAGCGCUCAUCCGCUGGGAACGCAACCAAAGAUCUCUACCUCUGGAUUCAGACAGAAUCACCGUUUUGCCAAAUGGAGUGCUGCAUAUCCGCGACGUGACAAUGAAGGAUGCUGGGAAUUAUCGCUGCUUUGCAACAAACACGGCCAGUCGAGUCACGAGCCGAGAAGCCGAGCUGUCCAUCAUCCCAGCGUCGGGUCCCAGGCCUCUCAUGAAACCACACAUCAUCGCUGGACCUCAGAACAUCAGCGCCGGUCUGCAUCAGUCUGUGGUUCUGGAGUGUUUGGCGGAGGGAAACCCUCGGCCGCUGGUGUCCUGGAGCCGGGCCGACUCGAAACCCAUAGACGUGUUCGGAGCCAGGGUUCUGGGAAACGGGAACCUGGUUAUCUCAGCCGUUAAAGCCCAGCACAGUGGCACGUACCUGUGCCGCGCGACGACACCAGGAACACGCAACUACACCAUAGCGGCCGGGAACCUCACCGUACUCGUUCCUCCUUCUCUGUUGGAGAGACCGGAGAGUCAGACGCGACCCAGAGCCGGUACGGCCCGGUUCAGCUGCCGGGCUGAAGGCACACCCGCGCCACACAUCACCUGGUUCAAGAACGGCCAGGUGAUCCACUCCAACGGCCGCACCAAGAUGUACAACAGUAAACUGGUGAUAACUCAGAUCAUCCCGGAAGACGACGCCUUUUACCAGUGCCAGGCGGAGAACUCCCAAGGCUCGGUUGUGUCCACGUCCCGUCUCAUCGUGGUUCUGUCGGAGGACCGUCCCAGCGCUCCACGAAAUGUCCACGCGGAAACCAUCUCCAGCUCGGCCAUCUUACUGGCGUGGGAGAGACCCCAGUACAACGCGGAUAAAGUCAUCGCUUACUCCAUACACUACAUGAAGUCUGAGGGUCUAAACAACGAGGAAUAUCAGGCCGUGAUCGGGAACGACACGACAAGCCACAUCGUGGACGACCUGGAGCCGGCGCGAAACUACACGUUUUAUAUUGUGGCUUACAUGCCGAUGGGCGCCAGCCGCAUGUCGGAGCAGGUCACGCAGCACACGCUGGAGGACGUGCCCCUCCGUACCCCUGAGCUGAGCCUGACAAGUCGCAGUCCGACGGAUAUCCUGGUGUCCUGGCAGCCUCUCUCCCCUAAACUGAGCCGAGGGCGAGUGUCUGCGUACCGUCUGUCCCACCGCACGGCCUCCGACGACUCGCUGACCUCCGUGGAGCUGCCGGUCCCGGGCCAGAACUGCACCCGGUUCCUCCUGCAGGGUCUGCGGCCCGACACCAUCUACCUGAUCCGCAUGUCCGCCUCGACCCGCGUGGGCUGGAGCCAGCCGUCCGCCUGGAGCUCGCAUCGCACGCCCAAAACAUCCAGCGCCACCGUGCCUCCCGCCCCAAACCUUGAGCUUGAGCCCCUGAACUGCACAUCCGUGGCGAUCCGCUGGCAUCCGACUCCCAGUGACGCUGUCAUCCAGGGAUUCAAGCUUGGUUUCCACCCAGACGGCCAAUCAGAGGGCCCCGUUCUGCAGCUGCCCCCCCAACACCACCAGCACAGCAUCACAGGCCUCAACCCGAGAGUGAAGUACCAUGUGAAACUGUUAGCGUUCAGUGCUAACGGCGACGGCUAUCAGGCUCACCAGACGGUCAACACUCCUGGAUGUCCUUCCGCACCAAACCGGCGUUUGGCCGCCCUGCCGCCCCCCGACCGCGUCCAGGCCGCAGCCCGCAGCCCGUCAGUGGUGAGUCUGAGUUGGGGUCGUCCUGCGUUCAGCUCUGGGAACAGCGUCAGCUACUCCGUCCGCUACGGGCCCGCGAGUCCCUCCGCCGCCGACAGCGUGCGCUACGCCCAGACAACCGAGCAAACCGUGACGGUCUCAGGUCUGCGGCCCAACACUCGUUAUGAGUUUGCGGUGCGUCUUCAUAUGGAUCAGAUGUCCAGUCCCUGGAGCGCUAGCGUCUAUCACAGGACUCCCCUGGAAGCCCCGGGGUCUCCGCCUCAGGCCGUGCGGGCGACUCUGAUCGAGGACGGCACAGCGCUGGUGUCGUGGGAUCCGCCGGACCAGCCGGAUCUGUGUGUGACGCACUACACCGUCCUCUACGCCUCUCACAGCGCCGGGAGCGCCGGGGAAUGGCAGGUUCUCCAGAGGGAAGCGGUGAACACGAUGGCUCUCCUGGAGAAGCUGGAGUCGGGGAGCGUUUACCUGGUGAAGAUCUCGGCCUCGAACCCGGCGGGAGACGGGCCGUUCUCCGGCACCGUGGAGCUGCGGGUCAGGACUCGAGCUCAGCCGGGGAAAACCCCACGGCACACUGACAGCCACGCCGACAGCACAGCGUUUAUGGACGGGCUGUACCUCAUGGACGAGAAGUCGAUGAUGGGGAUCGUGGUGGGCGUGUGCAUCGCUCUGUCCUGCAUCAUCCUCUGCAUCUUCAUCCUCCUCACCAAGAGCGAGACGCGGAAAGCUGCUUCCUCGAAGAUGAUUGGACAGGUGAGGAAUGAGGUCAUGCACAGCGAUGCGUCAUCAGCCAAUCAGCAGCAGGCGGAGGCCACAGAGGGCCUGAGGCCGAUGAUGAGGACACACUUCCUUGAUACUAAAGUAAGAAUCUGUUUACUUUAUUUACCCAUGUACCUAACGACUGAUGAUCGUGUUCUUGCGGUGGCGAAGACGGUUCUGCGUUACGAGGACGAGCAGAUCCUCUUCCGGCCACUGGGGGAGCCGGAGAGUUCGCAGAGCAGCGCCGCAGACUCCGGAACGGAAGAUAAACAAGACGUACCUGUCACUCAUGUGAUGUGA